CUCAAGAGAUAAAAAGUACCUCGACUCGAGGCCUCAUUAUCGCUUCGCAUCGCUAUCUUGGAGGUGCUGGCCGAGAAGAGUCCGCACCAAGUGGACUGCCAGUGGAGAUGGACUCUGGCGGUGCCUGUUUUUGCACGGGAAUUAAAUUGGAGAAGCUUCAGAAGGGGACCAAGGGGUUCAUUUCUGACAUCAUCCCUGUCUCCACUGCCGGACAGGGACCCUACAGAACCUAGACUCUGUCGUCGACCGUCUUUUUAGGGUGGAUACCGUUACUGAAGAAAAUACGGCUAGGGCGGGUAUUCAGCCUCUCGUCUCGAAAACGUAAGGGACGUUCUCAAAAGGAUCGCCACUUGCGGCUCCAAUUUUCAAGUGAUAAGAUUACUUUUUUCGACUCUUGAUCUUCUGGUUGGUCGCCGCACGUUUCCCUGACUCAAGUAUUUGUCCACGUAGACAAAAACUCUACAUGCCACUGCAGAUACAUACAUACAUACAGUGUCUUUAGCUGAAGCGAGGGGCGAUCAAGUAACUGUAACCGGCACCACAGUUCUUGGCAAAACGGAACAGCCUCAGUCAGUAAAAUUUCCCAUCAGGGUGAAAAUUCGUUACUGAGACUCUCUCUCCCUUUGGUCUAGCUUAGCCUUUCUAGAAGUUUCCCAAUUAAGGACAUGACGUCAAUGCCCAUCUUGUCCCAAACUCGCCUCGCGCGGUGUCGGCGAAAAAAACAUGACCAUGGACGACGGCUUAUAGGUAGCCACCUCAUCAGGUACAUGCUGCACUGUACAGUGAGAGAGAGUAGGUCAAAACGUGCCAUCCUUACACAACAAUUGCCGUUGCGUACCUAGGUAGGUAUAGAGUUUUCAGCAUCGGUAGGUACCUCUCCACUGACGAAACGUCAAUUGAUGAGAUAUUUUAUUUUAUUCAUCAUUAAUUUAAUCCCUUUAAAAGCCGUCCAUAUCUAAAACUGCCCCUCACUAGUCCAAGAUUCUCACUCCCUAUCUAUCACCUACUCACAUACCCAUCACUCACUCCCAAACUUCACCCAAACAUCUACACAAUGGCCCUCUCAAACAAGACCACCUUCACCCUCAACAAUGGCGUCAAGAUGCCCGGCCUGGGCUUCGGCACUUUCGCCAACGAGGGCGCAAAGGGCGAGACCUACGACGCUGUCAAGUGCGCCCUCAAGGUCGGCUACCGACACCUCGACUGCGCCUGGUUCUACCUCAACGAAGGUGAGGUCGGUCAGGCUGUGAGGGAUUUCCUCGCCGAGAACAAGGAUGUCAAGCGUGAGGACAUCUUCAUCUGCACAAAGGUCUGGAACCACCUCCACGAGCCUGAGGAGGUCAAGUGGUCCUUCGAGAACUCCCUCAAGAACUUUGGCCUCGACUACAUUGACCUCUUCCUCAUCCACUGGCCCAUCGCCGCCGAGAAGGACGAGGACUACAAGCCCAAGAUCGGACCUGAUGGCAAGUACGUCAUCAAGAAGGAUCUCACUGAGAACCCUGAACCCACAUGGCGCGCCAUGGAGGAGAUUUAUGCUAGCGGCAAGGCCCGUGCUAUUGGCGUUUCCAACUGGACCGUCGAGGGUCUCAAGAAGCUGCUGUCCUUCGCCAAGGUGAAGCCAGCUGUCAACCAGAUUGAGAUCCAUCCCUUCUUGCCCAACGAGGGGCUCGUCAAGUUCUGCCAGGAGAACGACAUCCUCCCCUCCGCUUACUCUCCCCUCGGAUCUCAGAACCAGGUUCCCACUACCGGCGAGAAGGUCCGCACCAACGAGACCCUCAACGCCGUCGCCGAGCGCAGCGGCAACACCCUCGCUCAAGUGCUCCUUGCCUGGGGUCUGCGCCGCGGCUAUGCUGUGCUGCCCAAGAGCUCAACACCCUCUCGAAUUGAGAGCAACUUCCAGGUUCCCAACCUGUCCGACGAGGACUUUGAGGCUAUUCAGAGUGUUGCCAAGGGCCGACAUACUCGCUUUGUUAACAUGAAGGAUACCUUCGGAUAUGAUGUCUGGCCUGAGGAGACUCCCGAGAAGGGAACCUCUGCUGUUUAAGUUAUGAGAUUAUGAUGAAUACCCUGAUGGAUAAAAAGAAUGGAAAGGAAAAGAGUGUAUUAUAGCGUUUGGUUAGCGGGACAAAAGUUAGCAUGAGAGUCAUUCCGCUGUUUGGAAAGAUGAAAUUGAUCACAUUUCAAACAAUUCUGGUAGUAACGCUUAUGACUUGGUGACGCAGUAUCUAAGAGAGAAUAAAUUUAGACAUCAAUUGAUCAGUAUUUGAUGACAGCUUCAGCC